AUGUCUUCCCCAUUUCCCCUCCUCCGUCUACCUCGAUUGGUCCUAUUCGAUGUAUUCAAAUCAUUGGAUAUCGACGAGAAAAUCCAACUCUCCAUCUGCUCCAAGAAAAUCUCCACGGAAAUCAAUAAUGCACGUUUUUACUCUCAAAAAGUUAUAGUCGAUCUGGACAUUUUAAGAAAAAAAAUCAGAGUUCACUCGGAAAAUAUCAAGGAUGCAUUUGACAUCUUCAACUGUUACGACAACGGAGAAAGCAACAAGCCGUAUAUCAAACAGUAUAGAAUCGAAGGGCAUACUGUACCUGUGAUCUCCUACACCACAGGAAUGGAUACAUUCUGGAAAAAUUAUCGAGAAGGAUUUCUAUCUGUCACUCAGCAUCUAUUGAAGAUGUUUCAAUGCAAGAUUUCAGCUGAUAUAAGUAUCUAUCAUAGUGAUUCAUUACAACCAAUAAUUUCUGAGUUGUUUGAUCUGCAAGUGGAAUUCAAGACGGUUACUAUUAACCUUAAAGGAUCAGAGGAUGAAAACUUGUUGUGGAACCAGAUAUCCAAUAAUUUAGAAUUGGUUGAAGAUCUUAUCAUCUCGUCUAGUUUUUAUCAUAGCUUUAGACCAGUUUUCACUUCAUGGUCACAGAAUAUUUGUAUCUGGAAUUCCUCUUGGUUCACUUUGGAAUAUCUUUUGACGUGCACUUGCACUACAAUUACACUCGGCUGGUCUCGCUUGGGAAACAAGGAUUUAGAUGUGGUACUCAAAAAUUGGAAGGCUGGAGGGUUUCUUAAUCUAGACCGUCUGACGAUUGAUAGCAUGUGGUUCACGAAUGAUGAAGUACUGAUUUUGGAUAUGAACUUCAGGGAAUUAAACGGAAUGGUUAUUCAGACGGAUGACGGAUCAAAGAAAGCAACUGUAAACACUGGUUACGGUAGAAUUGAAAUGUCUGUGACACUAUUUCAAUAA